CUCCGGUUUAGCAUUAUCCUCUCAUCCACUACUCCCACCACCAUAUUUAAUCCUCCCCGAGCUCUCGCCAACUCUUUCGUGUUCGUCGAGACAGUUUCCGAUCAUUGCCCACUCAUCGCCGCCGCUGCUCCGCCUUCGAUCUCACCUCUGCUAUUCUUUCGAUGGCGAGUAAUGAAACGGAAGAGGAAGCUGCCCAUGGAAGUGAGUGGGAAGUGGUUUCACUUACGGCAUCUGAAUAUGAAUAUGCCGCUUCUGGCGAGCUGAAUGGUAGGGAAGAGUACGAGGGUCAAACUUCUAACGCCUUGUUUAUGUCUCAUCACUUUGCUCUUCCUCCAUCAAGUCAGCAUGAAUAUUUGCAACCGGAGCCAGAAAAGAAUGAGAUUCUUACCCAGCAGGUGGUUAUAGAGCCUGAAUUCGUCUCUGCAGAUGGGGGUGGUAACACAGGUGUGAACAAUCAAGAGCAUCUGGAAACCAAAAAAUUGAGCUCUUCCGAGUUUCCCGGGAUGCAGAUUUUUAAUGAGAAGGCCCAAAAGGGUGAUCAGUUAUGUGUUAGUGGUGCAGAAUGUGAAGAUGAUGCAACAAGGUUAGACCGGGUAGAUAAGGAACCAAGAUUAUAUGGAACUGCAGCCUAUAGUACUGUUCUACAGGGUGAAGCGAACAUGUCUGUUUUGGGUGAAAGUAUUCCAGCAAGCAAUGAUCCAUUAGAAUCUCUUCCUCAGCAGGUAGACAUCUUAGAUUUUCCAGACGAAAAGAAACAUGAUGGAGAUGAUCGUCUUCCUUGUCAAGCUUGGUGGAAACGACAAGCUGCAUCUCUUAUCGCUCAUGCUAAGGAAGCAAACACGUUCUGGUCGGUUUUCAUUGCAGCAGCCGUAAUGGGCCUCGUGAUUAUUGGGCAAUGCUGGCAGCAUGAAAGGUGGCUGCAGUCAAAGUGGCAGCAGCUUGGACUUCAUGAAGAGAGGAUGUGCAAGAUGGUGGGUCCUCUAUCGCGGCUUAGGAAUGCAAUCAUUGGAGGUGAGCGUCGAGGUUCGUCUCUCAGAAGCAGCACCCCUGCUCAACGUUAAGAUGAUGACGAAAAAAACAAUGGAGGUGGCGUCUCUUCACAACGCUAAGAUGAUGGCGAAAAAUAUGUAGAACAAACAGGCAUUCUUUUGCCGGAUAUUGCAAAGUUUGCCCCCCGAGACCCUACUGUAGUGGGAUUCAACUGGGUUGUUGUUGUUGCAAAGUUUGCCGAUUGUGUGAUAUAUACUGUAAAUUAUAUGAUGCUCUAUUACUAUAACAAACAGCCUCUUUACCCAGACUUUUAUUUGGUUAUUUAUUGUAUGAUGCUAUAUAUAUUAUUGCUCCGCUAGUAGCAAUAGCAUAAUAUUGGUAGCUUUUAUGCACAUGUAUUGUGGGGUGUAUUGUAAGAUUUAAGCUUGGGGAUGAAUGAAUAUUCAUAUAAUCC